AUGACUCCAUACCAAGCAGUUUAUGGCCAACCCCCUCCCUCGGUCGAAUUUUAUACUUCAGGUUCCUCUGCUGUACAAGCUGUGGAUCUCGCCCUGCGUGACCGUGACACCUUAUUGCGACGACUCCGACAGAACAUGCAAAUUGCUCAAGAGCGUAUGACAUUUUUUGCAAAUCACAAACGUUCGGAACGCCAUUUUGAUGUGGAUGAUUGGGUCUUCUUGCGCCUCCAACCCUAUCGACAGUCCACCAUGGGUACUUCUAACUGCCCCAAGUUGUCCCCACGGUUUUAUGGUCCAUACAAAAUCCUGGCAAAGAUUGGAGAAAGGGCUUACAAGCUUGCCUUACCAUCUGGCUCAAAAAUUCAUAAUGUCUUUCAUGUCUCUCUGCUCAAGAAGAAAAUUGGUGCUCACCUCACUUCAUCCCCAACACUUCCUCCCUUACGUCCUGAUAGUUCUGUGCAUUGGACUCCAGCCAAAAUUCUCAAUCGUGGGCUUUUCAAACGCCGUAACCAGCCUGUGGUUCGUUGGCUGAUUCAGUGGUCUGGUUUACCUGAGGAGGAUGCCACUUGGGAGGAUGCUACAGACAUUGAGCAACGUUUUCCUCACUUCCAGCCCUGA